GGUUGCAAUCGAGUCCCUACAGAAUUGCAUGAACUUUCGCGGCAGACAUGACCGACAUGAAUAAUCACGUUGACGGAAUGGAUGGCUCGACCUCGUUUUCGCAGCGACUUCAGGACGGAGAUCUGGCAACAUACUUCCUGGAGAACGCGGGUGGGUCCACGAAAGGCCCGUACGAAGAUGCAUCGCUCCGUCAUGUGUCGACGUCCCUCGGCUUAGCCAUGCCCAAGGCGACGCCGAUUGAUUUUUCGUUCAACCACAUGCCAUCGUCUGGGACGCCCAAGAACGAAAGUCCUGCGAUAUCAUACAACCGAAGGGGGUCGUCUGUGGAUCGCGGGAGUGCGGCUUCAUCAGACGGUGGCGACGGGCCUCACUCGCCUCGCUUUGGCGGCGACAACGACUUCGACACGGAGGACGAAAAGCGCCGCAAACGGUCUACAUGAUGAAUGAACUAUACAUCGAUCCUUCAUUCACCAAAUUACCGAAUGUUAGACUGGAACGGAAUCGGAUUUCCGCGCGGGACAGUCGGCGCCGCAAGAAGCAGUACUUGGAACUGCUGGAAGAAAAGGUCGCGCAGUUGACCGAAGACAUCGACGUGGCGCGCAUGGAGCACUUGGACACUGCCGACAAGACGAUCACGACCGUCAAGGCGCAGCUUGUCACGUCCUUGUACGAGAAACUCGCGCCUUUCCCGCCGAACGCGCCCCUGCCGCCGGACGUCGACGACGAGCUGCAGCAGGUGGCGCAAUUGCUCAAGGACCGAUACGGACCCAACUCGGAGGAACGGCAAGCUCUGAUCAAGUACCAUUUCAACCAACUCGACGGGCUGCUCUUGCCGCCCUACACAUGCUUCCUGCUGUGGAUGAGUUUGCAGGACGAUGCGUUUUACGCGCGCACGGCGCAGACGCCCGCGUCCGGCAAGAAGGCGGGGGACGUGUCCGAGCGCAAGGAAGUAGGCGGCAAAAAGGAUGGACUGUGGGCGUCGCUGUCAGCGGACAUCGCCAUGUCGUACGAUCAGGAAGAGAAGAUCAAGGGUCAUUACCGAGCCAACCAGGACAGUGCGCAGACCAAGAACGAGCGUCGGCGCAUCGCUGCGUCGUUGGUGCGAGGAAGAGCCAACGUUCAGCAGCUGCAAAAGAGCAUGGCGGCGCAGACAGCCGCGAUGCAAACGCAUGCCGAUUCGAUCCAUGCAAUAUUAACCCCCGAACAAGUGGUGCGAUACCAACACUGGGCGGCGCAACAUCGGGACCAGUACGGCGACAGACUGAAGGACCAAUCCAGCAAUAUGCAGCAGUUCCUCGAUACUUCUGCAGAAAGCAUCAGCGACGCACAUGCCGCGAUGCUUCGCAAGCCGGACCAUGAAAUGUCCGUGGAUGACGUGGCGGCGCUCCUGGCGUCCUUGGGGUCGGAGGACCUGUAGAUACAUGUAGUGCCCUCAAUGGCGACGGCGACGCUGUAGUACGUAAUAGAUGGUUGCCUUCGCCUUGGCGAAAAAAGAUUGCAGGGUGGGAAAAAUAGCCGUUACAGUUUGGAAUAAAAUAGUUUCGUGACGCUCUAUACUCCAUCCCAG